AUGACAGGCAAAGUGGGCUCCGGCGAGGAUGUGAAUACGAGCUCUGGGACGGAGAAGGUGAUCAGCAAGGAGCCUUUCUGCUCCCUGCUCCCUCGACUGCAUUCAUCUUCUCAGUCUACAGAUCAAGAUUUACUCGAGGACAUCAUCUCCGACAGCUGCUUCCAUACUUCGCAGCAUAUUUCUGACGACUUGCUGCCUUUGGCGAUGGUGAUGCUGUUCGACUUUCAAGACAAAAAGUUUUCUCCGUGUGAACGUCCAACGAUAGAAGGGCAAGAACCCAUCCAGGAAGUCAGGAACCUGGAGAAAAGUCUGCACAGGUGUAAGACCAAGCUGGCUGCCUCUCUAGCUCGCUGCAGAGUGAAGCAGAAUCUGCAGAGUGUUUCCUGCUUCCUGUCCGACAGCGUCAGGACCAAACAGCACCGAGCAAGAGGUCUGCCACUGUGCGCAUGGAUCGACACUCUCAAGAUCAGUCUUGACGAGAUGUGUGAAGCGUUACAAAGCGCCGGUUUGUGUCAAGCGGAGAACGAGACUGAACUCGUGGAGUUCACGUUCUGCAGGGACCCCCUCUGUCCCGACACACUCAUCUUCUCGCAGCAUCUUCAAGCUUGGCUCCAGCACAGCAGCCUCACCGCCACACGUGUGCUGAACAUACAGGACAGGAGCGUGUGCGUGGCAACAAGUGUGUUACGCCCCCUGCUGUUUGAUAAAAACGACGUCCUGCUAGCAGGGGCCUUCUCGGCCAUGACCGUGGCACACGUGGCUGUUGUGGCUGCUGCCCGCUCGGUCCGAGUGCUGGUGUGUGGCGCUGAUCACAACCCCUCACACAAAGAGGAGAUCCAGGAACUGCUCACACAGAUGGACUUAAAAAACGUUCGUGUCCUGUCACAAGCGUUUUACGGUCUGGAUGACGGAGAUGCCACCGUCCAGCGAGUAAAGGUCAUCAUGGUGCUGCCUCAGUGCUCGUCUUCUGCCCUCAAUGACCCGGUGCCCGCUAUCCACAGUGAACAUGGAGACUGGGGUCUGCUGCCAGAUUUGUCCCAUGGUUCUGUUUCCAAGAGAAAAAUAAACUCUCUGACCGCCCAGCAGGCGAAACUGCUGGCACACGCUCUCACCUUCCCAAAGGUUCAGACUGUGGUCUACUGCACGCGCUCAGUGUAUCCCGAGGAAAACGAACAGCUGGUGAAGAGAGUGUUAGAGAAAACACACACUCACCCCAAACUGCUGCCCUACAGGGUGAAUGGUCCAAUUUUCCCGGACGACUCCUCGUCAGGAGGCGAAACGGACUCACACAAGUUUUUCAGGCUCGAACCAUCGAAGGUCACCAACGGCUGCUUCGUCGCCAGACUGUCCCGACAGGCAGAUCCUACUAAGGUGGAAACAGUCCAAGAUGUGCUGGCAAGGGCGGCGGCAAAGGGCCUCCUGGGCGGAAUGAUUCCCGAACAAUCAAAAGCUGCUAAAAAGGGGAAAAGCAAGAAGAAUCGAGCAGCAUCAGCCAGCAGCAAACCUUCAUCCUCCUCCAGCCUUGAGAGGGAGACGGGAGGAGAGCUGCCAAAUGGACGAGAUCCAGUCACACCUUCGGGAGAUGAAGAGGAGAAAGGCGAGGGAGAUGAUGAGGAGGAAAAAGUGGCUCUGGCACAGAGGAUGAGCAUCAAUCCAGCGUUUAAAUCACAGCAGACAUUACUCAGCACGCCUUCCCCCGCUGGAAAGCAUCCUUCAACCGCUCUUCCUGCCAUACCCGCUCCCCACACAGCCUCCACGGGACUAAACGCACAGCCUGAAAGAGCACAGGAAACAUCGAACGACGCUGCUAAACCAGCAAAAGAGGCGGUCAGAGCUGACAAUGUGGGGCUGCCACCAAUCUCCUCCACCUCUCUGCGCAGCAGGAGUGGCAGUUCUGGCUACAGGCCUCUGUCUGGGACCCUCAACUCCCAGCAAGGCAACAUGUCUACGUCUUCAUCCUCAAUCUCUCUGCCUGGUGUAUAA